UUUAGCAGCUGUUCAUAGCUGCGGUCACAUUGCCAACCCAAGCUAAAGCCGCGUCAAAUUUGUUAUUGUUGAUAUUUAUUUAAUUGAUCAUAAAAGAUGUCGCAGCCGAUUAAAAAAUGUGUGUCUGAGCCGAAUAUUGAGGAAGCUUUCCAAAGGCACAGUCCAAUCGCUGCCAAAGUGAAGGGAGAAUAUGAAAAAGCAUUAAUUGACUUGUUUGCAGAUAUGGGGCCCAUCUGCCUGGAGCCAUUCGCAGCGAUUCUAUUGGAGCACGAGAACACAAUUCUCAACAAGGACACUUUGAUUGAGCGUGUGCGCAUGCGCAUGAGCCAGCUGCUGCCCAAGAUCAAUGAAAAUUUCUUUAUUUCCAAUGAUGUGGGCAAAAAAUUAAUAACCCUUGAGGUGCUCAAAGAGAAAUUUGAACCCUAUAAAGGCACAAACUGGCAAGUGCAUAAGCUGACACCUGAGGAAAGGACAAGACCUGUGCGCAUGCGUCUUAUGGAUUCCAGCAUUAGAUUUAUACAAAAGCAGAUAAACGCACAGGAAAAAGCUAUAGAGAUUGCCUUGGCAAAGAGUAAAGAAAACCGGGAACGCAUUCAAAACAUUCAAAAUGAACGCGUUAAGCUUUACGCCCUGAUGCAACAGCAAAUGAAUUACUACGAGGAAAUGGAGCCAAAACUAAUGGAUCUAAUAAAAGUAAUGAUAGGAAAUGUGGAUUAGCUUUAAAAUGACCAAAUUGUAUAUACUCCAAAUUAUAAAUAAAUUAAAAGCAGUUCAUUGUGAAUACA